UCACCGGAACCAAAUCUCAAACGGACUUACCGUGUGAACCAAGCAACCAAUGGAUAUGGAAUCAACGGCGGCGGCGAUCGGAGUAUCCGUACCGGUGCUCCGGUUCCUCCUAUGCUUCAUCGCCACUAUUCCGACCGGAUUCUUCCACCGGUUCGUUCCCGGCGGCGCCACCGGAAAACACCUCUACGCUGCUGUCACCGGAGUUGUGUUGUCGUACUUAUCGUUCGGUUUCUCGUCGAAUCUGCACUUUCUGGUGCCGAUGCUCGUCGGUUAUGUGUCAAUGGUGGUGUAUCGGAAGCGGUGUGGAGUGAUUACGUUUGUGUUAGCUUUUGGAUACCUUAUUGGAUGCCAUGUGUACUACAUGAGUGGAGAUGCAUGGAAGGAAGGGGGUAUUGAUGCUACUGGAGCUCUUAUGGUGUUAACAUUGAAAGUGAUUUCAUGCGCCAUUAAUUACAAUGAUGGGCUACUAAAAGAGGAAGAUCUCCGUGAUUCCCAAAAGAAAAACCGGUUGCUUAAGCUACCUUCUUUAAUAGAGUACAUGGGAUAUUGUCUCUGUUGUGCAAGUCACUUUGCAGGCCCGGUUUACGAAAUGAAGGAUUACUUAGAUUGGACAGAAGGGAAGGGGAUAUGGAGCAAGUCCGAGAAAGGUUCGCCGUCACCAUUCAGGGCAACCAUUAGAGCUCUUGUUCAAGCGGGUUUUUGUAUGGGUUUAUACUUAUAUUUGGUACCCCAUUAUCCACUAUCGAAAUUCACUGACCCGGUAUACAAAGAGUGGGGAUUCUGGAAACGACUUAGCUACCAGUACAUGGCGGGCCUUACGGCCCGUUGGAAGUAUUAUUUUAUAUGGUCCAUAUCGGAAGCUGCUAUUAUUAUUUCUGGCUUGGGCUUUAGUGGAUGGACUGAUUCUUCUCCACCCAAGGCCCGAUGGGACCACGCCAAAAAUGUUGAUAUAUUGGGUCUUGAGUUUGCUAGGAGCGCUGUAGAGAUACCGCUCGUGUGGAAUAUACAAGUCAGCACGUGGCUUCGUCAUUAUGUUUACGACAGACUUGUUCCAAAGGGGAAGAAGGCUGGUUUCUUCCAGUUGCUUGCAACACAAACCGUUAGUGCUGUUUGGCAUGGGUUGUAUCCGGGGUACAUCAUAUUCUUCGUUCAAUCAGCUUUGAUGAUUGCUGGUUCAAGAGCCAUUUACAGAUGGCAACAAUCCGUUCCGCCAAAUUUGGGGUUGCUUAAGAAGUUAUUUAUGCUUGUGAACUUUGCUUAUACAGUUCUCGUUUUGAGCUACUCCUGCGUCGGUUUCAUGGUAUUAAGCCUCCAUGAGACACUAACAUCAUACGGGAGUGUAUACUACAUUGGAACUAUUAUUCCUGUCGUACUGAUCCUUCUUGGUAACGUUAUCAAAACAAAGCCAGCUAGAUCGAAAGCCCGAAAAGAACAGUGAGAAAAAACCACCAUUUUAUGACAGGUCUGUUUGUAUCAGCUUAUUUAAAUUGUUCACUUAGCUGUCGUUUUCAUGUGUUCUUCAUAUCUUGUAAUGUACUAUAUAAUUAUCUGAUACGAGGUAGAAUUUGUUUGUAUGGAUGGAAUAGAAUGAAAUACACACAUAUCGAUAACUUUUGGCCA